AUGGGACAGCAAGGCUCGCAGCUGCUCAAUGACAUGGAGCAGCAGACGAACUUCUCUGCUCCAGAGAUCCAGCGGCUAAAGAAACGGUUCUUGAAGCUCGACCGGGACGGGUCCGGCUCUAUUGACCGCGACGAGUUUCUGUCGCUGCCAACGAUUGCGAAUAACCCGCUGGCGCAGCGCUUGAUUUCCAUCUUUGACGCAGAUGGCAGUGGAUCUGUGGAUUUCCAAGAGUUUGUGUACGGCCUGAGUGUGUUCAGCAGCCAAGGUUCGCGCGAAGAGAAGUUACGGUUCGUGUUUAAAGUGUACGACAUCGACCGUGACGGGUACAUCUCGAACGGCGAGCUGUUUCUUGUGCUGAAAAUGAUGGUUGGCGGAAACUUGAAAGACCAGCAGCUGCAGCAGAUUGUGGAUAAAACCAUUAUGGAAGCGGACAAGAAUGGGGAUGGGAAGCUUGAUUUCUUCGAGUUUCUUGAAAUGGUGAACAAUACCGACGUUGCAAAGCAGCUGACGCUCGAGGACCUGUUUUAG